AUGGAGGAAUAUAACUCCGGAGAGGAGGCCAUGUUUAAUACGGACGAGGCCACUGCUCCUGUUAAAGAGUGCAUCGAGGGAGUGAUUGGUGGAACAGACUAUAACCAGAACAAAGUGAACCAGUGGACAGCCAGCAUCGUGGAACACUGUCUGAGCCACUUUGUAAAACAAGGAAGAGCCUUCAAAUACAUUGUAAACUGCACUAUUAUGCAAAAGAGUAGCGCUGGUCUACACACAGCCAACUCUUGUUACUGGGACACUGCUACAGACGGAAGCUGCACAGUGAGAUGGGAGAACCGCACCAUGUACUGUGUAGUCAGUAUCUUCGCUGUUGCUGUGGCGUAA